AACUUACAGCUCGCAACAUCUUCCGGAAAUCGAGUAUCUCCGGUGUUGAUUGUUAAGCAUUCCCUGCACCCGAUUACUUACACUAUUCACAUCCACUCAACUGCAUCAAUAUGAACGUUAACGGUGAAAACAACGAGAAGAUCGAUGAGCAUCAUCUCGAGAGCUCCCUCGCUGGCGUUCCAACUUUGCCCGUUUCACCACUCGAUCACGCUAAGGACUUGUCUCAAACUAAUCCGAAUGCCCAGAUUGGAGAUUUGGUUACUCAAACUGCUAACUUGAUUGCUAUCAAAAAGCAGUUGCUUGAAGAUAUUGCAUUCAACCAACAUAUUCAAUCGAUGCAAGUUCGCGCGAUUCAGAGUUUUCCCCAGAACAACCAGGUUGCACCUCCAUUUCAACAGUUUGAUCCUAGACGCCGCGGAUUAGCCCGAAUGCAGAAACCAGAAUCAUACAAGACUGUGAUCUGCCAAGCUUGGCUCGAAUCUAAGACUUGUUCUUUCGCAGACAACUGCCGGUUUGCACAUGGAGAGGAGGAACUUCGUCCAACAUUCGUCGAGCCGCUGCAGAACAAUAAGUAUAAAACGAAACUCUGUGACAAAUAUACGACUACAGGACUCUGCCCAUACGGGAAACGGUGCCUUUUCAUUCAUCCCGAUCAUGGACCAAACGCAUACAUUCGCGCUGAUAAACUUCUUGAAGUUUCUCAACGCCAUGCAUUGGCUGACAUUCGUGAUCAAAUGGAGCAGCACAUCAUGACUAAUGGUCGCAUUGCAGCUCCCCCGCUUUCUGCCAUUCAGCAUCCUUUAGAAAUGUUUGCCAGGCCAUCAACUCCAGAUGAGCCAGCGGCUAAAUUGCCACUAGGACCAACUCCUGUUAGUACUCGUGGUCCAAGAUAUGAGCUACCAACGAAGGAAUUGCAUGACGCGGAAGGUGCGAUGACCUAUCCACCGUCUCGCUGGCCAUUGGAUCCAUCGAUGUUUGCUCUAGACGCUUGGAAUAUGGCACAUCGGCCAGCUAGUCCACUCGAUUCGAUGGUUUUGGGUUCCGCUCCAAAUGCUGGCUCGUUCGGAAUGCUCGGAAAGCAAAAUACUCCUGGAGGAGUUUCUGGAUAUUCAUCUGCUGGAUCCACGCCUUCUCAGGAUCUCAGUUCUUCGUCACUCAAUGCAGCAUCCGCAGCUGCCGCUGCUGCAUAUUUCGCAAAUUCUGCUGUUGCUCAAUCUCUUCUGAUGAAAUCUGUCGCAACUGAUCCAAUGAUGUCAUGUAACGGACCAUUCUCUCCAAUGCCAGGAUUCGAUCAAUUGGCCGAAAAUAUGACCAAGCAUCUCAAUUUGUGGUGAACAACUUCUCUACAUUUGUCAAAUUUUUAAACACUUUCAAUAUUCGUGUCCCCCAUACUAACUAAUAAUGCGUGCAUUUGUGAAUAUAAUAAGUUUUAGUCGACGUGUUCUUGUCCCAUAGAAACUUGGCCCAAUCGUCAAAAGCGCCCAUUCCCAUUUUAAAUUCUCGAAAUUAAUAUCGAAUCUUGUGAUGUAUAUUGUAAUUCAUCGAAUCAUUGAAUGUAUUCCAAUUUUCACCGCUCGAGUUCCCGAUUGCCUUCUGUCUCACUAAUCCCUUCCCCAAUCUCAAAAUAAAUUGCACCUGCCACGGAUCAUAAUUGUGAUUCUUUUUUUCUAUCUUUCUUUCUUCUCAAUGGCUCCGAUACUGCCCGUACGUAUUUUUCUUUCGUUUCUUUGUUCAUUUAAAAUUUUUAUCCGAAAUUUCCUUCUUGAUCCUCAUUGCAGGAUGUAGUAAAUUUUUUUGAUCG